UAUGUUUUACUAUGAAUUAAAAUCUUUUAGUGAUAGAGACAAUGUAAUGACAUUAUUAAUCGCUCUCAAAGCAAUUAAACAGAUUGCAUUCGAAAACGCUAUGAGAGAAAGAGGGAGAUAGAAAAUGCCAGCGAAACGAACAGACCUCUCUAUUGACUUUGGGAAAUUUCAGAACAUAUCUAUGGAAUGUGCACGAAUCUGCGAUUCGGUGCAAGUGCAAGGUGACCCAAAAUCCAAGUAGCUCGAGGAGGAUUCGAGGAUGUCGAAUGUCGAGCAUUCGCGAACUGUCAAAUUAUAGUCAGAUAUAGACAGAUCUCUCCGCGAGAUGACAUAAAUCGUUCGCUUCAGCGAGCGUUGAUAAGACACGAUAAUGCACAGGAGUUUCACGUACAAGGCAAACAUAAUGCUCGCAAGUUUAUGGGAAACGUGUACAUUUUACAUGAAUCUCUUCUGCUUUCUCCAAUGAAGGAGCUCUGUUGAAUAAUUCGUCGUGUGCACAUGUAAACUUUAAGACGCGGAGGAGAAAAAAAUGAUGCGAAAGCGAUUACCAGAAAACUUUAAGCGAUUCUCGCACAAAAUGCUCCUCGUAUCUUGCAAUAAUUGCAUGUUGGAAUAUUCAGUCACAAAUUUGUGUUACUAAUCAACAAUUGCAAAGAUAUAAUUUAAGGAUUGGACUGUGGAUCCUACGUUGCUUCCACUGUUCUUAGUGUGACUAAACAUAUAAUUCUCUAAUAAUAAAAAAUAAACAUAAAGAAGUCAUUUUUUGAAGUAUGAAGAAAUAACUCCAAAGAAAAUGAUGCCAUAAAAAAUAUUAAAAUAGAACAAAACACUUUUCUCUGCUAAUGUUUAUAUAUUCCAUAUUUUAUGAGAUUUUCUUUCCAUAAAGAUUAUUCAGCAUGGAUAAUAUUUGGAAAAGUGUAAGGUUUAAAUAUAUCUUUGCUUGCAUCUUGAUCACUUUUGUCACAUCAUGUAUAAUCAGCAUAUCUCCCAUCAGCAUUGAUGAAUGCAAAUGUGACACAAAUGCACAAGCAGAUCAACAUCUCAAACAAUUAACAGAUGAGAUUAAUGGACAUAAGAAAAAAUCUGAGCAUCAAUUAGCUAUACUAGUGCCAUUUAGAGAUCGUUUUGAAGAAUUGCUAAUGUUUGUACCACAUAUGCAGAAAUUUUUGGACAAGCAAAAUAUAGAUUAUCAUAUAUUUGUAUUAAAUCAGAUGGAUAGAUAUAGAUUCAAUCGAGCAUCUCUUAUAAAUGUAGGCUUUUUCGAAACAGAGAAAGCAUUUGAUUACAUUGCAAUGCACGAUGUAGAUCUAUUGCCUAUGAAUGAUCAGUUAUCAUAUGCAUAUCCAAGUGCACAGCCACAUCACAUAUCAUCACCAGACUUACAUCCCCGAUAUCAUUAUAAUGCUUUUAUUGGUGGUAUACUGCUCAUUAAAAGGGAGCAUUUCAUACAAGUAAAUGGUAUGUCCAAUAAAUAUUGGGGAUGGGGGCUGGAAGAUGAUGAAUUUUAUCUUAGAUUGAAAGAAGCUGGCCUAAGUCCCAGUCGUCCACAAAAUAUAUCAACAGGAGUGCAUGAUACAUUUAAGCAUAUACAUGACAGAAAUCAUAGAAAGAGAGAUACAACAAAAUGUUACAAUCAGCGGGAAGUAACUAGAAAACGAGACCGACAGACUGGCUUGAACAAUGUCUCGUAUAAAAUAUUGGAUACAAUUAAGAUGACUAUAUCAGAUAUUCCUUUAACAGUUAUCAAUAUCUCUCUACUAUGUGAUAAAUCAAGCACACCUUGGUGCGAAUGUGAAAAACUAGUCGGAUCAAAGGAUCAAGGCAGAUCAAGAGAGAAAAAGAAGACCAUUAUUAAUAAACUAGCCAGUCGAACAUAAUUAUAAUACUAGUUAUUUAAUUAUAAUUAAAAUAUUAUAAAUGUAUCCAAGCAACGCAUUCACAAUUCUUCCAUUUGUUAUGUAUUUGACUUGAGUAAAAAUAAAACACUUCCAUAAU